CUCUCACCAACAGAAACUGGUCCAAUAGAAGAUAUUACCUCACCCACCCUGUCUCGCUAGUAUUCUGGGACCAACAUGGCUACAACAACUCUGCAUACAAAGCCAUAAAUCCAUCCCUCAAAAACCGUCUACAAACAAUCCAGCUGGAAGAGGUGAAGCCAGGAUGCCCCGGGCAGGCUCAACCCUCCAGCUGCCCCGAUGAGUGGCCCAGAUGUGUCUGCACUAUAUAAAGCAAGCUGAACUGGUUUAAGAACCUUAUCUCUGAAAUCUGCAGGGUCCCACUGGCUGGACUGUUGCCACAAUUUGUUGUUUUAGCUGUUUCUCUUCAAGCUAUUGAGAGCGAAAGCUAAUUAUGUUGCAGAACAGGUAUUGCAAACCGCUUCACUCAGAAGCAUUUAAUGGUGCAUCAAAUCGACUGACGCCAUCCAGUACAACUUGGAGGGAUGCAGCAAAGGAAGUGGUUGGUGUGAGGGUCCUGUGCUAAUAUCUCUGCUAUGUAACUUAAUUGUUAGAGCCUGGAGGCUAAUAACACGCGCGCCUCCUUUGGCACCUCUUAUUCAGGGCUUUCCAAGUACUUUACAAAAGUUAAUUAACCCUGUGCUGGGAAGAAGAUGGGUGUUGCUAUCUGUGUUUACAGCACCAUGGAGUCUGAUUUCUGACGGGCUCCUAUGUGCUCCCACAACGCACAUGAUGAAUACAAUUACAAAUGGGGAAGGCGAUGCGCAAGGAGUCUGCUGCUUGCCCAAGAUGCUUCCCUCUGGGCUCUGGCUGUAGGAUGUUGGAGAAUCAAGAGCAAGAAGAGCUGACCACGGUGCGGGUUCAGGACCCUCGGCUCCAGAACGAAGGCUCCUGGAAUUCCUAUGUGGAUUAUAAAAUCUUCCUCCAUACCAGCAGCAAGGCCUUUACUGCCAAGACCUCGUGCGUGCGCAGACGGUACCGCGAGUUCGUGUGGCUGAGGAAGCAGCUCCAGAAAAACGCUGGCUUAGUGCCCGUCCCGGAGCUGCCGGGGAAAUCCACCUUCUUUGCAGGCAGCACCGAUGAGUUCAUUGAGAAACGGAGACAGGGGCUCCAGCAGUUCCUGGAGAAGGUCGUGCAGAACGUGGUCCUCCUGUCAGACAGCCAGUUGCAUCUCUUCCUGCAGAGCCAGCUGUCGGUGCCCGAGAUCGAGGCAUGCGUGCAGGGCCAGAGCCCCCUGACCGUCACGGACGCCAUCCUCCGCUACGCCAUGUCGAACUGCGGCUGGGUGCAGGAAGAAGACGCCCGCCCUGCGCUCGUGGCGGGGGCAGAGCUCUACAGCAGCUGCGCUGGUCACGGAAGCCCCCCUGUUCGGAGCUGUCUGAAACCCCCUUCGCGCUGGAGCGACUUCGGCAUGGAAGACAACCACUCGGAUAGCCUGGAUUCUCCUACGGAGCAGCCGGGGACGAAGUAAGCAGCACAAACGAUCGUGUGCGCCCUGUCUGGGAGCAGCGGUUCUUGCUCUGCGGAGAGCCGAGGAUGGCAGCUGAGUGGCUCCCGUUGGUGCAGGAUUGGGACCCUGCAUGGCACGUGGGCCUCAGCCCCUCUACUCCCAGCAGCUUGUGACCACUUCCUGCCGCCUCUGGACGGUCCUCUGAUGAGGCAGGUGCUGUGUGAAUACACAACUGAGCUGUACGAAAACGGAACCAGUGCUUAGUAGAACCUAAGUUUGUUACUCCCCAGGGCUGUGUCAUGCUCUUGUGGGGGGAACGGUGUAUAUUAGGGAUGGGGGCUGCUUGAAAACAAAAGCCAGCUCCCUUGAUCUUGGCUUGAUUCUCUGUCCCCUUGGAGCUGGGUCAUGGAGGCAGAUGCUCAUCGCUGCAGAGAUCCUCCAGGAGAGAUGUUGUCUGGAUCCCUAGGCCGAGCUGCCGUCCCUCCUUGCCCAGCGGCAGAUCAGUCAGCGGUCCCAGCAAUCCCCAGUGGAUUCUCGUUCCUAGAACUAGAAUUCAGUCUUCGUAGCAUUCCCCUCUGAAAAACCAAUGGCCGCGUAGGCACGAGCGGCGCUACUUUGCAUGGCUGAGAGCCACGUUUAAACAGCGGCUGUGGGGCGGCCUCCCCUCAGCUGUGCUGAGCCGGAAGCCCACCCGCUGGGUAUGGAUACCACCUCCACACCUGGGUCCUCCAGGCCGGGCUCGGCAUGCAGGCUGCGUGCAGCUGGAAUGAGCCCAUGACCUUUCCCUGGGGGCUCUAUAUUGCAGGGUUGAUUCCUCCAUUGCGGCGGGGCUGGGGGAAUGUGUUGUGGUGGGACAGUGAGGUCAGAAGGUUGGUUGUGUGGGACACCCCUCAAGCUGGGCUUCCCUGCAGGAGAACAAACCUUCUGGCUAGCCCAGACCUGCCUGAGCCUAACAGCCAACUGGAGCUGAAGAGGGCAAAGGGUGGUGAUCCCUAUAGCCAGCCAUGAGGGAGCAGAACCGAAGAAAGAAUCCCUUAAUAGAGAAUGGGCAAUCCCACGCUGCAGCUACCACCAGGGCCUCUCUGCUUUCAACCCAUCCGGUCCAUCUACUCUGCUGCUCCCCGUGCCUUUCCACCAGCCCAUCCUCUGGCAUUGUCAUGGCUCGGAAGGCAGAGCUGAGGUGCUCUGGCCUGCAAUAAAUGUGAAGUGCAUGAGACA